AUGGCUCUAUGUUAUUCUUGUUUAUUAACACUAUUAUUUCUAUUAUUAAUCACACACGAAAUAAAUACUGCAAAUCGUCUUCGUUCUUUUUUACUUUCAUCAUCGAAAUUGUCUCCUGAUCGAAGAUAUUCACCAUUGAUUAUUAAAAAUGAAGUAACAACAUCAGAACCUGUUCUAUCACGACGACGACCCCUAUUAUCAUCUAAUGAACGAAGAAGACGCUGGACAAAGGAUGACAUUCUAAUUGAUGAAACUAUUAUAGAGCAAUUAACUAGUGCAACUACAAUUGAUAAUAAUGCAACAGUAUUAAUAGACAAGUUAGAUGAUAUAUUUUUAUUUAAUUCAACAAUCGGCAUAGAACAGUUAAAUUCUGAAGAAAAUUCUACUAUAAUAGAUAUCAAAUAUCCAUUAUUACGACAAGAUAUACUUGAAAUGAAUGAAACAGAUGAUCUAUCAACAACUUCAAUUAAUCAAAAUAUUUCAGAAAGGAAUGAAACUGAUCUUGAAAAUAAUAAUGUAACUACGAUUAAUACCAUAUUCCUAACAACAACAACAGUAUCAGACGUACCACUAGUAAAUAUUACUGAUAUUAAUCAAGUAACAUCGAAUGAAACAAACGAGUUUGUUACUACUAAUACAAUCGAUAAUCUGACAACUAUUACGAUCAUCAAUAAUGAAACAGAAACAUCAACAAACCCAAAUAUUUUCAAUCAGACUAUCGAAGAAUUAAUAACAACGUUAAAUUCUACACUAUCUCUAUCCGAACAAGAUACAUCUAUUAUUCUUCUUGAUCAUACUGCUACUCCUCGUACAACAGCAUAUGAUAAUCAAACAUCAAAUGAUUCCGAUACAACAAUUAUUGAUGAUAAUAUAAAUGCUACGACUAUUUUCAAUACAAUACAAAAUGAAAUAUUGACAACUAUUGUUGAUGAAAAUGAAUAUGCAAAUGAAACGAUUACUUUUCAGUCAGAUAUAGCAUUAGAACCUGUAUGUGAUCUUGCAUGUCAAUGUUUAAAACAAUGUCCAUAUGGUUUUGAACUUCUUAAUGAUACAUGUGAAUGUAAUCCACCAUGUAAAAAUUAUCAAUGUUUUGGUAAUGAUACGUGUAUUGUAACAAAAGAAGGACGUCCUGUAUGUGAACCAGAAAAUGGUACUGAACAUGAUCGUCCAAAACGUUGUUAUCAACCACGAUAUGAAGGUUAUCAUGAUCUUAAUAAUCGAUAUUAUGAUCGAUAUUAUUAUAAUCCUGAUCAAGAUGAAUGUCAUUUAUUGGUCUAUCGUGGUAUGGGUGGAAAUGAGAAUAAUUUUGUAACAUUAAAUGAAUGUCAUUUAGAAUGUAUCACUUGUGGACCCGCACCAAAUCCAGGCGAAUGUUUAGGUCGUCUUCCUAUGUGGUAUUAUGAUCAUAAAAAGAAUCAAUGUUCACAAUUUGAUUAUACAGGUUGUAAAGGUAAUGAAAAUCAAUUUUUUCAAAAACAAAAAUGUAUUGAUACAUGUGUUACUCGAAUACUUAAUCUAUAAAAAUAACCGAUAUAUUGUCUGUUUUCAUAUUAAUUAGCUUUUUGUUUUCUAAUAUUUCAUUUGUGCUUGUGUGUUUAUUCAAUUUACAUGAUUUUUUGUUUGUUAAACAAACAAUAUGAAAAAAGAGAACAAAAAUAAACAUUAUCAAAAUUUUAUUUCCUGAGACUAAUCAUGAGU